UCAGUUUUCUUCUGUUUAUUAAUUGACUCCGAAUGUCUUCUUAAAAGUUCCUGGACAAUUCUCGGUUUUUCUUCAAGUUUUAUUAUUUAAUUAAGUGACAAAUUUGUGUUUAUAUUAAGUGUCUUUUACUUGUUCAAUUAAUAAAUUACAAAAUGCCAGUUUUCCACACGAAAACCAUCGAAUCUAUUUUGGAACCCGUUGCACAACAGGUAUCCAAACUAGUAAUUCUACAUGAAGAAGCCGAAGAUGGCAUUCCCAUGCCCGAUCUGGAACAACCAGUUCGUUCAGUUAGUAGUGCUGUGUCGAAUUUGGUUAAGGUGGGCCGAGACACCAUCAAUAGUUCCGACGAUGCGAUUUUACGGCAGGACAUGCCGGCAGCUCUGGUUAGAGUCGAAAGGUCGGCCAGACUGCUGGAGGAUGCCAGCGGCAGGUUGAAAUCUGAUCCUUUCUCCGCUCCUGCCAGGAAGUUGCUUAUUGAGGGCAGCGGAGGGAUAUUACAAGCCACAUCUGCUUUGUUGCUCUGUUUUGACGAGUCCGAAGUGAGGAAAAUCAUCAGAGAAUGUCACAGGGUUUUAGAUUAUCUUGCCGUGGCCGAAGUGAUUGAAACCCUGGACGAACUGGUACAAUUUCUACGAGAUCUGAGUCCCUGUCUGAGUAGAGUUUCAAGGGAAGUGAGCGCCCGAGAGAAAGAGUUGACUCAUCAGGUCCAUUCUGAAAUUCUCGUAAGAUGCCUGGAACAAGUGAAAACCUUAGCGCCCAUACUGAUCUGUUCAAUGAAGAUCUACAUACACAUCGUGUCCCAGGGGGGAAAAGGGGCCGAGGAGGCGGCCGAAAACCGAAAUUAUUUGGCCCAAAGGAUGACAGAUGAAAUCAAUGAAAUUAUUAGGGUGUUGCAGUUGACUAGUUACGAUGAGGAGCAAAGUGACCUGGACAAUUUGACUGUAUUAAAAAAAUUACAAAAUGCCAUCCAAAACAAGCUGAAUCCCGCCAACGAUUGGCUUUUGGAUCCUACUGCUGUCAGAGGUGGGGUCGGUGAGAAAUCUUUGAGGCAAAUCGUCGAGGAUGCCCAAAAAGUCGCUGAAAGGUGUCUGCCCCAUGACGCCCAUAAUAUCCAUAAACUUUGCUCGGAUUUGACCACAAUGACGGACGCUUUGUGUGAGUUGAGACAGGACGGGAAAGGGGCCACCCCUCAGGCGGAGUCUUUAGCCAGAGGAAUUCGUGAAAAAUUGGGCGAGUUGCAACAGGCGGUCAAUACGGCGAUCGUUAACGUCGAUAAGGCGGGUUUGCAGCAGACCGCCCAUACUGUGCAGGGAAGGUUAGAACAGGCCAGAAAGUGGUUGUCCAAUCCUGGACAUGACGAUAAAGGUUUGGGACGUAGAGCGAUCAAUGCCAUUGUGGAGGAAGGGCGCAGGGUGGCCGACGGACUACCCGGUGUCCAAAAAGCGGAAAUUCUCCAGCUGUGCGACGAGGUGGACACCUUGUCCAGACAAUUAGCCGAUUUGUGCGCCCAGGGCAAAGGAAACACCCCGCAGGCCCAAGAAAUCGCUAGAAGUAACCGGAUAUGUAACGCCGUUGUAAGGUUAUCCCAGAAACUGCACGAACUCAAAGAGAAAAUCCAGCAAGCGGUCACGAACCGGGUAGUGGAGGACUUUAUCGAUAUCGUCACGCCAUUGAAAUUAUUCACGGAGGCGGUGUUGGCCCCCGAGGGGACCCCGAACCGAGACCAAAACUUCUCCGAUAAAGCGUCGAAUUUACAAAAUUUUAGCAACAGGGCGGUGAAAACCGCGAAAAUGGUGGCGGCGGGCGGUAGCGGCGGCAAUAAGAAACUGGCGGAGGCUUUGAGCAGCGUCGCCAAUCAGGUGGAGAGUUUGACGCCGCAGCUGAUUUCAGCCGGUAGUAUCCGAAUGAAUUAUCCGGGCAGUAAAGCGGCCGACGAGCAUUUCGACAAUUUGAGGCAGCAGUACGCGGACACGGUCACGAAAAUGAGGAAUUUAUGCGACGAGGCCACCGAUUCCGCUGAUUUUAUUAAGGCGUCGGAGGAACAAAUGAAAAAACACACUUUCUUAUGCGAGGAAGCGAUUAAGAACAGACAACCGCAGAAAAUGGUGGAUAACACGUCGGCGAUCGCCCGUUUGGCCAAUCGGGUUCUCCUUGUGGCCAAACAGGAGAGCGACAACUCCGAAGAUCCCUCUUUUAUUAACGAACUAAAUCGGGCUUCUGAUCAUUUGCAAGGAACUAUUCCACCCAUGGUGCAGGAUGCCAAGUCUGUAGCUGUCAAUCCUGCUGACCACGGAGCUGUGUCUAGAUGGAGGGAAUCGAAUAAAGCUCUCUUAAACGCGGUUGGUCAAGUAAGAAACGCCGUAACCGUAAAUCCCGAAUUACCACCCUUACCGGACAUGAACAACCUUCACAUUGAACCUCAGCAAAAUCAAUUCUUUGUAGAAAAAGUUGGGGCACCGCUAAGAGCCACGCCCACCCCAGACUGUAGCUUUUAUGGGGGUCAAUUCAGCCCCACGCACCAUGACAGACCCGUUAGUCCUUUGCCCAAGUGGGCUAGAGGGGACAACUCGGAUCUCCUAAUGCAAGAACUCGUGCCUUCUAACUUACAAGAACAAGCGCCUCCGAGGCCUCCUCUACCGUACGACGGGACCCCCAUGAGACCUCCGCCUCCAGAAACCGAUGACGAGGACGAAGUGUUUAAGACCGCCCCCAAUGCUAGUCAACCGAUCAUGGUUGCCGCCCACAAUUUACAUCGUGAGGUGCGCCAAUGGUCCGCCAAAGAUAACGAAUUGAUCGCGGCCGCCCAACGGAUGGCCAAACUGAUGGCUCGACUGUCGGAACUCGUACAUAACGACGAUAAAGGUUCAAAGAGGGAGCUGAUAGCGACGGCGAAAGCGAUCGCGGACGCAAGCGCCGACGUGACCCGCAUAGCGAAACAAUUGGCGCGCGAGUGCACCGACAAACGCAUCCGUACCAAUUUGUUGCAGGUGUGCGAGCGCAUCCCCACCAUCGCCACCCAACUGAAGAUCUUGAGUACCGUCAAGGCCACCAUGUUGGGAUCACAAGGGUCCGAGGAGGACCGAGAAGCGACGGAAAUGCUCGAGGGUAACGCGCAAAAUCUGAUGCAGAGCGUGAAGGAAACGGUGCGGGCGGCAGAGGGCGCCAGCGUGAAAAUCCACGCGCAAACCCACGGUAGAUUGAGAUGGGUGCGUAGACAGCCGUGGUACGCAUACGCUUAAGAGGCCACGCCUUUUACAAUGAAUCGGACGGAGACGGAAAUAGCUUCGUUGAUGUUUUUUUUUUUAUUAUUAUUAAUGAUAAUCGUUUUUGCGUUUAUUAUAAGUAAGCGUAUUUUGUGUGUACAGAGUGGGUCAAGUUUAGUUUUUACUAUACAGGGUGGCAGCUUCACUAAUUUUGGUUGAAAACAUAUUUAAAUUUAAAAAAAACUUUACUCACCCUGUAUAUAUUUAACAAAGUAUUGUCAUUUUUGUGUAAAGCUCCAGCAUACAUUGAACGAUGUUUGAGGAACUCCUGUAUAUUUUUAGAUUUUACAUAAAAUUUAAGAGAUUUAAAUUUUCGCUUACUUGAUCCAAAAGUGACGAUUUUCAAUUAAUAAUAUCUCUGAAAACAGGUAAAGCUAUAUGCAGCGUUUGAAAAACAAUUUUGAAACCCUGCAUAACGAAUUUCAUUUGUUUUUUUUCCUGAAAACCGAAGUUCUACAGUGUUGCCAUUACUUGUUUUAUGUAUACUGGAGCCAGUUUAAAUGCACACUGAUUGUUAAUAAUUUAAAAAAAACAUAUUUUAGGCCUAAUAUUUGUACUGAUCGCUAUAAUGUUUGUGUUCAUAUGUAAUAAUUACUAACCCGGUAUCCAGUAUGUCCCAAAUAAUUAAUACUUUUAUCGAAUUUAUCCAAGAAUUUAAUGCUCGUUUCAACUUUUUUUUUUGAAAUUUGCUGCUGAAAUAUGUGGAUCGCACAGUUUGGGACUCCCUGCAUAUCAAACGAAUUAAAUAACACGUAGAUGUAAUUUUAAAAAAAUAUUGUGAUUAAAAGGCAUCCAUUAUAUACACUUUGAUCCCCAAAAAAAAUCCCCUUCUACUAACUUGAGUGGUUUGACUUAAAAGGCAUCAUAAUAAAAACGAUGGAAAAAGGAGGCCUAAGGAUCAAUGUGUUCACUACUGUACAGUCCCGGCCGGUUGAAAGAUAACGACCUGAACGCGUUUCUCGUAACUUUUCGUACCGGGCGCACGUCGCGCUGCAGACUCCCAGAUAAAGUAGCGGAUAGUAGAAAUUUACGACUGUAGGAAUAAAACCAUAAAAUGCAAAUAUCUUUGUGCCUUGUGGCAUCUUGAAGCAAAAAAAGAAAUAUUUCGAUUUAAAUUUAAAAUUUCGAUUAUUCUCUGAAUGUUUUUAAUAAUUUGGGUAAAAGAAAAAGUGUGUAUAUAAUAUAUUAUAUAUUAUAAUUAUAUAUUAUAUAUUAUAUAUAAUAUAUUAUAUAAUAUAUUAAUAUUUCGUAUAGCCACCUUCAGCUAUUAUAACUUUCUGAACUCUCCUGCUCAUUGAACCUAUUAGUUGACAGCAGAGAUCAUGAGUUGCUACUUCUUCCCAGGUUUCUUGAAUUUUCUGCCAUAACGCGUUCUUAUUUUUAGGUAUGAAAUUCUCCAUCGACCUUACCAUGCUACCCCCAUAUGUUUUCUAUAGGAUUUAAAUCGGGACUCUUCGCCGGCCAUUCUAGCUUUUCGACAUUGUUUUCGGUAAACCACUCGCGAACAAUAUUUGUUGUGUGUACAGGAGCGUUGUCCUGCUGAAAAACGAAUCCCUCAGGAUACAUUUCUCUGGCACUGUAUCAAUCCUCCUUCAAGCACUUCACAAUAACGAUCUGCUGUGAAUCGGCCAUCAAUUUUCCAGCAGAUUCCGGGUCCUCGGUGGCUGAUCCAAGCCCAUAUAUUUACGGAAAAAAUGCCCACUUCUUCUUCUUCUGGGUGACACAAAUCUUUCGUCAUAUCUUGAACUCGUCGAAGGUCUGUAUACUUUAACUUUACCGUUGUAAUUACUUUGGAACAUCUUUUCAUCACUAAAUAUUACUCUCUUCCAAUAACCCAUCGGUAAGCGAUUAAACUGUAGGCAUAUCUGCAACCGGACUUCUUUAUUAGUUUCGGUUAACUCAAUCUGGUUGCUGGCUGUCCGACAUCUCAGAUUGCUUGCAGCUAAUCUUUUUCGGGCAGUUCUAACACUUGCUGGGAAUGCUGUGGUAGACACGGCUUCAACGGCGGAUUUAAAUGGAUUUUCUCGGCAAAAAUUAACCAGUCGUUGAUCUUGUUGGUCCGAAUUAAUUUUUAUAUUCCCCCCUCGAUGUAGGUUUUCCACACUUUCGGUUUCUUCAUUUCAUCAAUUUGCGUUUUAACUUGAAAAUGGUGUUUUUGGAUAUACCAAAUUCAUCAGCCAGUCGAGAAAUGGACCAACCAUUUUCUAAUUUGGCGAUGAUGCGGUGCUUAACGGAAUCACUUAAACGAGGCAUAAUCAACACUGUAAUAACUCUUUGGAACCACGAAAAGGACUAAAUAAAUUAAGCCCACUUACCCUGGUAUUUAUAAAAAGGGCUGGAACCAGGUAUUACGUAUUAAUAAUACAAUAUCAUAAAGAAGUAUUGUAAAUUUUGGGAAAUGAUCGAGGGUAAUUCCCUAAAUUUACUUAUUUUAAGUACAGGUAGCUAAUCCUCUUUAAAAGUGCCUCGGUGCUCUUAUUUCAUUAUAUUUAUAAUAAUACUAACACAAUACUGGCCAUUCAAGUCAUUUAGUAGGUCUACCUGACUUAUAUUACCUAAUAAACAAAAUUUGUUUGUGCCUGUAAUCCAACAUCGUAGCCCGAAAGUCGCCUAUCUUGUAGCACAGAUCAAUUACACCGCCCAACAGCAUGUAUGUUGCAUGGAAUAUUUUUAUGAUUCUAGGCUUAUUUUUAAUGCUGAUAUUAAAUAAUGUCAUCAGUUUAUAUGUGUCAGCUCUAGUUUUUAUGUUAAAAGCAGGGAGUAUUUUUUGGGAAUUAAAAAUACACUCAACGUACAAACAUUUUUAAUUACAAGAACUAUACACUCAGGAAUUUUCUUUUAUAUGAUUUUCUACUAGUUUUGAAUGAACUGCUACUCUGAAUACUCCAGCAAAAAUCGGCCAACAUAUGUGCAUUCCAGCGACCCUGAAAUCGUUCCUCCAUGGUUCGAAGAUCUUGGUGGAAUCGUUCACCCUGUUCUUCACUCAUGUCACCGAGAUUUUCAGGAAAAUGGUGUAAAUGGCUGUGUAGGAAGUGCACUUUGAUGUUCAUGUUACAUCCAAGUCGCUGGAAGUGUGACAACAUCUCUUCGACGUGCGCAAUGUAAUCAUCACCUUUCCUAUUACCUAAGAAAUUUUGGAUAACCCAAACAAAGGAAUCCCAUGCAUUCUUCUCAAUUUCUGACAUUGAGCUGGUGAAAUUAGGAUCGUUUACCAACUUGCGAAUUUGUGGACCAUCAAAUAUACAUGCCUUGAGUUUUUCUGAACUUAGACUUGGAAAUUUCCUUGAAAUAUAUUUGAAACAUUCACCAUCUUUAUUUAAUGCCUUAAGAUAUUGCUUCAUUAAACCUAGUUUAAUGUGUAGGGGUGGCAAUAUGAUACGAUCUCGUGGCACUAGAGGUUCAUUUAUAACAUUAAGACUACCUGGAAGUAGUGCUUCCCUAGAGGGCCAUUCUUUUUUUGACCAAUGCUCUGAUUUUGCUCUACUAUCCCAUAAACACAUAAAACAAGGAUAUUUAGUGUAGCCUCCUUGUUGUCCUAAAAGGAAGUUCACCAUCUUAAGAUCAACGCAAAUCACCCAUUUAUGAUUGUUAUAUUUGAUUUUGUUCAUGACCAGUGCUAUUGUGGGGUAUUCUUCCUUAACUUUGCUAUUGGUAUGGAGCCUAGUUUAUUUCCGUUGUGCAAUAGUACACACUUCAAACUCCGUUUUGACGAGUCAAUAAAUAAACGCCAAUCGAUUGGUUCAUAUUUCUGCAAGCCCAUGGCAGUCAUUAAACCAGAAAUAUUAGUACAAAAUACAAAAUUAUCCUCCUCAGCGAAAAAGGGAAGUAAGUCUUUUUCUCGAGUGCGGUAAUAAUUCAAAGAGAUUUUCUGGAACAAACUCGUCAUCGCUCAUGCUACUCAGUUCAUUUAAUUCAUCAGAACUUUCUGUAGAUGUAGAUGGUAAUGGUAAAGAUGUAUCUUUUGAGCUCCUUACAGGCCUCACAGCUGAUGUUGAUGUGGGGUAAAUCCAUUUGGAGCGGUUCGUCUUGUUGAUUCCUUUUAUAUUAACAACGCAAAAAUAGCAGUCAUCGUGAUGAUUUAAAGGUUCACGCCAAAUCAUUGGGGAUUGGAAUUUAAAAGAGAGUCUCUUCUUAGUGGCCCAUAAACGUAAUUCUUCAACACAAAUUUUGCACACAAUAUUGGGCACCCAGCACUUGUUAUCUGUUUCCAAAGGAAAACCAAAAACACUCUAAAUACGCUCGUUUCACAAAGUCUGACAUAUUCAAUCGAAAUUUUUGAAAAACAUAUUUACCACAAAUAUAACAAAAACAAUUCGGAUCGUUAAUGCAGACCCUUCUUAGCGAAGUCAUGAUGAAAAUUACAAUAAUUUAUCUAAAAUGCGACUAUAAUAGAUACAAAACCAAAAAUAAAGAUAAAUGAGAAGAACGUAGCUAUAUCUAAACAACUCGAGCUGUUAGAGUAAAACUGACGACAGAUUCGAAAUCAGAUGCCUCGAAUUAGUAAACAACAAUAAAAAUAUUUCAGUCAACAUAAAAUAACCUUCGAUUUGUUGUGCAGUGUUAUUUGUUUAUUAGGAUUACUGAUAUACUGAUAAACCCAUAUUGGUUUUAAAAUAAUAUCCGCUUAGCGUAAUUUAUAUGCGAGUCGGCCCAGCGCGACGUUGUCGUUGUACAAAAAGUUACGAGAAACGCGUUCAGGUCGUUCUCUUUCAACCGGCCGGGCCUGUACAUCUGGCAACAUUAAGCUAGGUUGCACCAUAAAAAAGGCAUUAUAACAUAUAUUUAAAAAUUGCGUAUAUUUAUGAAUAAGCACUUUACACACAACAAUGUAUUUAAAUAAAUAUUUAAAAAAAAACUUUAUAGUAGUUGCCAAAUCAUUAAAGGGUUGUGCCAAUUUUAAUGUCCGAGACUUCCUUAACCCUAAAAGUGAUGACGACUUGCCUUCGCCGAGAUAAUCCUUAUAGCAUAUCGAGAACGUCCUAUAAAUGUACUGUGAGGGUCGUUCUUGGUAUAUUAGGUAGAUAUUUUUAUAUGCUGUUUUAUAGAUUAAACUUAUUGUGCAAUAAUGUAAACGUUUUUACUGUUGAGCAAUAGAGACCACCUAUUUAUUAUUAUUAUUAACGAAUUUAUGUUUGUGUAUGUUGUAAACUUUUAACAACUUUUAUAUAACGAUCGUUCAUCAUAUUUAUUUAUUCCAUGGAAUGAAUUUAUGACAGUAACAAAUUUAAUAAAAAGAUCAUAUACAUAAA